UCAGUUGAUUUUUGAAUUCGUCGCGAUGUUUCCGAUUUACGCCGUGAUCGUGGGCCUUACAAUUCUUUCCCGACUGCCCCAGGAUGCAAGUGGAACGUGCCACCUUCAAACCGUUAAUCCGGCUCCGUUCCAUCUUAUCGAUUUUGGCUCGAAGCACUUAUUGUCCGAUACCCCGCAACAAAUUGAACGGGAAACGGGCCAGACUAUUGACCUUCUCUGCGCGAGUGGAUUUAUUAUAGACUAUUUCUCAGAUUAUUAUAACGAGCCGAAGAUGAAAACAUUUACCGGGACUAUAUUGACAAUGAACUGCGAUCGUAAUGGUUAUUUUACCUAUGAUGGUAAUCGUCUUGGUAAUCCGAAUGUUCACUGUUGCAAGGAAGUGUCACAGUUGUUUGAGAGCGAAACAAGUUUGCCAAAUUGCACGGACAUGACCCUCGUGUUGGGUAGUGAAUUCGAUGGCAAGGGUUUAAUCAAAAAUGCGGCAUUGUGCUAUGAUAUCGUCGCCACUCAACUGAAAUAUAUUGCUUAUACGACAUAUUUCAAUGAAAAUCGGAUCGUCGCACAGACCCAAUCGGGACAACUUAACGAUGUCGGAUUAAAUAUCCCAGUGAAAUAUCAAGAGAGUCUAUUUGGGAUUAUCAGCCAGCCGGAACUGAAUGCGUACUUGGCAAAGGAGAAGCAGUUGUUCGCGGAAGACACUUUCCGGGUAGGCAGUCUGGUCCAGGAUGUGGUUGUUAGUAGGCAGUUGGCCGGCUACGAGAACUUGAUGACCACCGUUUGGUGGGAGGAGCUGCGUUCCGGCAACUGGAAGCACUGGACGACGGCAAUGCGUGAUGCCAUCGGUGUCCACUUCGACAUACGUUUGGGUGUCUCCGGAGUUCUGGAGCUGCCGACGCUCGCCGGACAAUCAUGCAACUCAAGCCGAUCGUUGGGCAUUGCAUUGGACGAUGGCAGAUACGUGCCCAUUCCCGCCCACAUUUGGGCCCAUGUGCGCGCUGUGGAGAAGACCGGUACCGGGCCGGAUGAGUUCGUCAUCAUUGGACACAACUCGCCCUUUUACCGCAGUGGCUCAAGCGACCUGUGCCCCUCGAUGUGCAACCAGGUGUCCUGGCUGCGGAACAGCGUCUUCGCCAGCCUCCACGAGUUCCCCGCCCUUGGAAUGGUGCAGUGCUGCCGUGUGGAGGAUGUGGCCCACAAGCUGGACAAUUUCCCCGGUCCCUUUGGACCGAGGACAACCGAAGGUACCGGAACAGCAGCAACCACGACACCGAAAAUGGAUUUCCCCUUUUCUGGGGUUCUCGGAACGGAGGUGUAGCUUGUGGAUAUGCGGAUAUGUAGAUUUCAAUAGUUGAACAAAAACUAUAACUUUGUUCAACAUUUUGAAGAAACAUGCGGCAGACAGAUUGUAUACGCAUUAUGUAGUUAAAUGUCUACAUAAUGCGUAUAUAAUCUGUCCGCUUUACUUGAUCCCUAUAUACGAUCCAUAAUUGCAGUAAUAAAGUUAUAAUCAGCGCA